AUGGCUGGAGAUAGAGUCUAUGCAGACAUUAAAACUGUGAGGACUUCCCCUUCAGGAUGUUCAUCUCCACCUCAAAAAUCUGAUUCUCACCAUCAUGGACUUUUCAUGAAAGUUGGAUGUGUAAUGAUCAUCCUCCUCCUGGGAACAGUAAUUACGCUGAGCGUUUGUGUUGUCCAGUUUCAUUCUGCAAGACAUUUGCAAGUGGAUAAUGAAGAAAAAGCAAAACCCUGUGCCGGGGGAAAUAAAUCUGGAACAAUCUCCUCAAGAGUUUCUUCUAACCCUUCCACUGUCCAUAAAUCUUGCCCCACAAAAGACUGGAAGCUGCUUGGGGGGAAAUGUUACUGGGUUGCUGAAACUAAGGAAACUUGGGACAGAAGUCAAGAUGAAUGCACCAAGAAAAAUUCCCAUCUCAUGGUGAUUCAAGACUUUAUUGAUAUGGUAAGAUUUAACACCUAA